AUGUCGACUCUUCAAGAUAUUCGACUGCCAACGUGGCAGGACAUUCGGCGGUUCGUUCAGGACCCUGAAAUCGUCACCGCUGAAAUCCUUUUCCUCAUCCUUACCUUGUCCAAUGUCUUCGUCAUGUACCGCCUUUUCCUCGACGUGGUCCCCUACCCUGUGUUUGUCACCUGGUGGCAACUGGCCCAGGGUCUCUUCAUGGCGUGGUGUCUUGGUGAAACUGGGAAGGAAUUCCCGAAAUUCGCCUACUUUCCCCGCGUUGAGCUCGACAAAAAGCUGCUGAAGAAACUCGUUGUCCCGGCAGUCGUUAACGCACUGAUGCUUGUGCUCGCGAACGUGGUGCUCUACCGCACUAACUGCAUCGCAACUUUGCCGGUCACUGUUUCUUUCGCAGUCGUCCUUCACCACGUUACACGUUUCAUUGGGUGCGGUGAGGAAUACAUGCCCUUGAGGUGGCAAGCGGUUGGCAUGCUCAUGCUCGCCUUUAUCCUUGGAUGCACCGACGCGAAGACUGUCGGCGCGCAGGUUCUCCCGUGGGCUGUGUUGUAUUCCAUCUUUUCCGCAGCAUUCCGUGCCGCGUAUCUGCAGAAAGUGAUGCACGAAGUCGACGGCCGAGGAAACCUCCUCUACAACCACCAGCACGUCAUUGGCGUUAUUCUCUUGCCCGUUCUCUGCCUUCUGUGCGGCGAAUACAAAAUUCUCACCAGCAUGCCGAUGAACUUCACGCUGCUGCACACGUGGCAAGUGUGGGGCUGCCUCGUCACAGUCGGUGCCCUUCCCUUCUUGAAGAACAUCGUUUCUAACCGCCUUAUCCGCCGCACCGGACAAGGCCCAUGGAGAUUCCUCGAAAUCGUGUCCAUCGCCCUCGUGUUCCUCAUCGGUUUGGGCUUCGGUGUCCCCGGCUGGCAAGGAUUCAUUUGCAUCAUCCUUGUCCUCGCAGGCCGUACCUUCUGCGCAUACGACGUUAUCAUGAACGCGGCUGAGGUGGAAGCCGCUCGUGAGACUCGUGGCGGCGGUGGCCCCGCACCGCACGAGUUGGGCGAUGCCAACGAGCUGGAGACGGGCUCUCAGUCCUCCCAGAAACCCUUCCUGCAAGCAAUCGAGGAGGAUGGUGGCGAGAACUACUCCGACAUCCGUGAUGACGAAGUCACAACGAGCUAA